CAUACGUCUAGCGAAUGUUGUCUGCGCGAUCGAUAAUUCGAUGGUUUUCGGAGUUCGGGAGGUCAUAUUGUCUUUGAGCCUUUAAUGGACGUUAAGGGUUGGUGUGGAAGAUAUUGAAGGAAACAAAAGAAGUGCUACAAUGGAUUCGACUGGUGCGUACGGCGGUGGGAAAGCUGGGGGCGCGUUUGACCCUCAGGCCUUCAUUCAGAGACCCCAUGUAAUCGUGAGGGCGGUUUGUUGGCUUUUCAGCGUGAUCGUAAUGGGCUGCAUAUCUGCCAAGGGCUGGUACAUCAGCAAGAAAGACGGCAAAGAAUACUGCGCCUACAACGAUGACACCAACGCUUGCAACUAUGGCGUCGGGAUCUCUGUCAUCGCUUUCAUCGCGUCCAUUGGCUUUAUUGCUGGAGAGUAUCUCUUUGAGCAGAUGUCUUCGGUGAAGACUAGGAAGCAUUACGUGCUGGCAGAUAUGGGUUUCUCUGCUUUCUGGGCAUUCCUGUACUUCGUUGGCUUCUGCUACCUGGCUAAUGCAUGGGGCAAGACCGACGACCCGCCAAUCGGGACUGCCAACAACAUGCAGGGUGCUAUUGCCUUCUGCUUCUUCUCAAUCUUUGCCUGGGUGGGCUGCGCAUUCUUCGCGUUCCAGCGCUUCCGCCUCGGCGCGGACUCGGCCUUCGCGCCGGCGUACGAGGUGGAGGGCGCUGUGGGCAGCCCGGGCGGCUUCCCGGCCUACCCCGGCGCUCCCGACCCGCAGCCCGCCUACAGCGAGCCACCAUUCUCGCAGCGAGACCAAGGAAACAUGGAUUACACAGCCCCAACUUACUAAACCCUGCGGUUCGGUUCUCUUGCACUUCUUAUUUUAUAUUCGACGCUACAGUUUUAACGCUUAAGUACUUUACUUUUUCCAAAAUCAAAGAAAAAGUACGUACCGUACUCAUCCAAGUUUCAGAAAAUAUCUGCGGAACACUUUAUCAAGAUUGUAUUGUAAGGUCAAUGUGAGAAGACCAUCUAAUAGGUAAGAUCGUCUAUAACCUCUUUCUUUGCUUCUGACAGUUCUUCGUUGUACAUCCAUUCCACUUAAUUUAAGAGGAUCGAAGUUCAUACUUGAGCGAAAAACGUUUAACAUGAAAAUUUUGACCUAUGACGGUUUGACGGUCUUCUCCAUAUUAACCUUGAAUGAAUAUGAAAAUUGUAUAGUCUCACACAAUCUCUUCUGUGCACCAUUCAGUCUUGAGAUAUUUUAAAGCACAUUUGCUUGUCUGGAACUUGAAUAUAUAAAUCCUAUAUCUACUGUGGCGUCAAAUUGUUUCAUCAGGUGCGUUACAUUUUGGUGCCCGACUUUGUAGUCCGCGCCGUUUCAACACGUCCAUCUUUGUUUUAUUAGAUAUGUUUUAAGUUAUAAUUUACAUUUCAUGUUCUCGAAUAUCUUUUUUGUAUUAUUUAAGUGUUUUAUAUAUUUUGUUUCUAAGUUUCAAAGAAAUAAAUAGUAAAUGAACCAUGUAUCGCUUCACAGUACCUGCUUGUAGGUAUGUCUAUGUACGACAAUAUUAAUCACUAUUUAUGUAUUGUAAAAUACCCUAUAUAUUAUGUAUGUGUAAAUAACAAAACGAAUACCUAUACAAAAUCCGUGGCUAGUGAAAUCAUGGGAAAUCCAUGUUAAUCCUUAUGUAUUUUUUUCUCUUUCUGUCUUUACAAUGCAGGAAAGGGACGUCGCUAUUGGCAUUCCUUUUGCACAACCUGUUAAGUAAACCAAGGAUAUACUAGAGACAAAUCGCGUUGCCACGUGGCGUGAAGCGAGCCUAGUGUAUCCCUGGCUUUAUUUAGACAGAUGUGUUGUUUUUAUUAUUGGGAUACUUUUUAUAUGUAUUAUUUAAUUUAAUUUUUAUGUCUGUCCCGUCGUUUACAUCGUGCCAUGUCUAUAAGCUUUAUUGACAAAUAUUGAUACUUCAAUCAAUUUUUAUUUUUAGUCAAAACAAAAAUUUUAUUUUAUUUUAAUUUACAUAAAAGGACAUGAUUCCCGUCAACGACUUAACACUUUUGAAGUGUAAUUUUUAAAUCUGAUAGGAAUAAAUGCAAAAGUUAGUAUCAAGUGCAUUUUUAUAAUAAAUAAAAAUAUUUCAAUAAAAUAAUCAAGCUUGAAAACUUUAACAAAUGAUAUGCUAAGUAGGUAGAUUAAUCUUAUAAUGGCAUAUCGAUGUAUAUCUUUUAUUUAUUUAUUCUUUUUAACUAUAGGUUAUUCGCAUAUAUAUUUCAACAUACAUUCACGUCAUACUUGUUUCUUUUUAAUAAUUGGCAAACAUUCUUUGUGUCAUGUCGUGAUGUUUUAAAAUUGUGGUAUCAAUUUAAUAAAAUGAGUCACAUAUUGAUCUGCAUACAGUAUUAUAUACAUAAACAUAAAUGUUAAGCGCUUAAUUCAAAUACAUAGUAUUUUUUUAAAGAUGAUAUUUUAGAAUAAUGGUAUCUCAGUAGUGUGGUUAGGCAAUUAUAAAUCAUUAUUCUGGUAUUUAAAAAGAAAAUUAGAUAAUCUAAGGGUAAUUUUAUUGUAUUGUGAGACAUAAUACCUACUUCUUAUUACCUACCUGCCUGCAUGUACGGUAUUAAACUGUAAAAAAUAAAUGAAAUCAAAGAUGAGUAAAACGAAAUAAGAACGAAUCAGUCUAUAACGAUGAGUAUUUUCAAAAGCUGUCAAUAGAUGGCGGUACCUUUCUAUAGUUUCUAUUUGGAUUUUACACUCACCAACUGACAGCUUUUCAAGUGAUUCUUCGUUACGAAACAUAUAUUACUAGUAUUUACUUGUCUUUGAUAGUCAUUGUCUUACUCUUGAUUCUAAACGGUAGGACAUAGACAAGUAAUGUGUGUUAGUUCAACAGCCCACCCCAACGCACGGUGGCGCUAGUGUCGGAGUAUAUACGGGUUGAAUGUUGUCGCUAUAGAUGCUACUUCCAAGUGUUUAUGUAAAAACCUUGAAGUCUAAGCGAGCUAAGAUUAAGUACAAAAUGAAUCCAGAAUUUUGAUUAUAAAUGCCCGUUGUAGAGGUCGGCUUAGGGUUUACCAAAGAUUCAUUAGAUCUUGAAAUCGCGUUAGGUACUGUCAAGUUAAAAAUUAGUCCCAGUUGUUACCUUCAAACUGUUUUAUUGGCAACAACUGGGAAUUUGGGAUUUAUAUAAACUAAAGGAAUAAUAAAUCUGGGUUAAAAAAGGUCUUCUUUCGAUCAUGUAGAAAUAGUCUUUAUUUAGUGUAUUUGUUUUUGAUGAUUUUGGUAAACCAUAUCAGCUGUUUUGUCACUUCCAUAGCUUGCACUGUUACUUGUAAAAAGUCUUAGCAAUAAAUUAUUGUCACUAUAGCUUGGGUGUACUCAUCUACAAUGUACGAUGUUGUUGCCUACGCUUCGCUUUCAUGGUACAGUCAACAUCAAAUGGAUAGUGACGGCGAAGUGAUAAAAAAAACUAGAAUCAAUUGCAUGCUGAUAUUUGGUCACUUUGGCGGUCAUUAUGUGUUGCUCUUUCAUCAGCUUUAUGCAUAUAAAAGAACAUUUCUAUCAGAAAAGGAUCCUUUUCCGACUGGUCUGGCUCAGUCGGUAGUGACGCUGUCUGCUAGUGCUAAGCCGCGGUCUUGGGUUCGAAUCCCGGUAAGGGGGUAUUUGUGUGAUGAGCACAGAUCCUGAGUCAUGGAUGUGUUCUAUGUA